AGUGCCACGUGUCACUCACUUCCAGACGCUCAAAAUCGCGCCGAUUCCCCAAAACCGGACAAUUAUGAGCCACCAAGCCUCCCAUUUCGGGGUUAAGAAAAAGUGGAAGGCCAACGGAUCAUCGGGUGGUGGUGGCCUGUCGGCGUUUGCCAGGAUGAAACCUGUUCUGGAUCCAUCGGCCGAUCGAAUUUGGACAAUUGGACAAAUUAUCUAUCAGCGACACCAGGCCUUUAACAGAAAUUCCGCGAUUAAAAGUCAGGACAAUGGAAGUUUCGACUACAUUGAUAUGGUCUCGCAAAGCUCACUGGAUAGAAGCACGGAGGAGGAGCGACGCACAGUGCAGACAGAUGACGUGGCAGAGAUUGGAAUGCAACGGCCCGAUUAUCAGAUGUACUGCGGCGAGGAGGAGAUUAGCGAGCAAUUUGUGAAGUUAAAUGUUGGAGGACAGAGGUUUAUGCUUAGAAAGGAUACGAUCAGGAGAAGGGGUGUUGGCCGCCUCCUAGACCUUAUCAACAAGCCGGUUGCCGACUCUAACGCGGAUGCGUUUUUCAGUUCAACGUCCGAAUUCUACUUUGAACGGCCUCCAUCACUUUUUCACAUUGUUUAUCAAUUUUACCUCAAUGGAGUAAUCCACCAACCAUCAAACUUGUGCCCCGUAGAUAUCAUUGAAGAGUUGGAGUAUUGGAGAAUCAUACCCGAUCAAUAUUUGGCGUCGUGCUGUUGUGCUCAGCAAAUUGACGAUGACGACGAGGAAGUCGAAGAGCAGGACAAGCCGAAUUUAUUCAAAACUUUGAGAUUUGGGGAAAUUCGUCGUUGCGUUUGGAAUAUAAUUGAGGAGCCGGCUAGUUCGGGAAAAGCCCAAGCUUUUGCAGUUUGCUCCGUGGUAUUUGUGCUCAUUUCGAUAAGCGGACUCGUGUUGGGAAGCUUGCCCGAGUUGCAGGUGGCUACGAAACAGAGGAACAAUUUGACUGGGGAAGAAUUCACGGAAAUGGAGCCUAUGCCAAUUUUAGGAUAUAUCGAAUAUGUUUGCAUUGUUUGGUUUACUAUGGAGUACGGCCUAAAAAUGUUGGUCAGUGCUGAGAGGAGCAAGACAUUCCGGCAACUGCUCAACAUCAUAGAUCUACUUGCUAUCCUUCCAUUUAUCAUAGAAAUGCUUCUCUUAAUUUUUGGAAUAUCAACGGAGCAACUACGGGACCUCAAAGGAGCAUUCCUUGUUAUUCGAAUUCUUCGAGUGCUCAGAGUCAUUCGUGUGCUCAAGUUGGGACGAUAUUCCAGUGGUCUGCAAAUGUUCGGAAAAACUUUGAAAGCGUCAUUCCGUCAACUGGGUAUGAUGGCAAUGGUUGUAAUGACAGGUGUCAUAUUUUUCUCGACUUUGGUAUAUUUUUUGGAAAAAGACGAGCCCGCUUCAAAAUUCCAUUCAAUUCCGGCGGCGUGUUGGUGGUGUAUUGUCACCAUGACAACAGUCGGGUACGGGGACCUGACUCCGGUUACAGUUCCUGGAAAACUGGUGGCAACUGGGGCAAUCGCGUGUGGAGUCUUGGUUUUAGCAUUGCCCAUCACAAUUAUAGUCGAUAACUUCAUGAAAGUGGCUGAAACUGAACGUCCGGCGGGUGGAAAUCGAUAUCGAACAUCUCAAUACCCAAAAGCUACAAAAUCCGAGCAAAUGAUUUUGAAAGUUACCUAAAAAAAGUUUGAAAUUUUGCCAAUUUUGCCAAUUUUUCCCCAACCGUCCCAAUGUAUUUGUCUUUUUAUAUGUUUUUCAAAUUUUAUUUAACGAAACAAUUUUCAAAAAAAUACUCCAAUUAA